UCAAGAAGAAACGAAAAAUAUGAGCUUGAGUAUGAGGAACAUAGCGUUCGGUACGCUGAUUGUUGCUUCUUCAGUAUUGCUCGUAUGCAGUUUUCCCGAUGGAGCACCAGUGGAUACUUGUGUGAAGCCAUCGAAACCCAACGAGCCGAAUCAUGGUCAAGCGAAGUCGCAACCCGUAGGAUCGAGCCCUUAUACGUUCACCGCCUCGUCAUCGGAAUACGGCCCUGGAUCUCAGAUAACUGUGACCAUCAGCGGCUCGUCGUUCAAGGGAUUCUUCCUGCAAGCACGUGACCCCGAGACAGACAGUUGGAUCGGUUCCUGGGCUCAAACCGAUAACACGAAUACCCACCCCGAGUGCAGCGCCGUGACACACGCCGAUCCUUAUGUGAAACAGCACGCCACCCUUAUCUGGAAUGCGCCGCCCAACGCGCGUGGACGCGUGUAUUUCACGGGUACCAUUUUGAAGGAGUACGCGAAGUAUUGGUCGCAUUUGGUAGCCACAUCGGAGCACUGAGAGGGGUUUCUGCAACUGUAUUCAAUCGAACGAUCCUGCUUUCGAGGCGAAAACGUCGAGAAGAUUCACGAAUGGAACGGAAGGAUGUUACGACACCAUCGAUGGAUACGCUUGGGAACAUCGUGGAACGUACAUACGCGUAUUUUGUACUAUCUUGUAUAUAGAUCUAUUUUGUUACAAGAAGGAACGACUUUAAAUACAGAAGCGCAAAAAGUUCGCACCGACCUUUAUUUCUCUCGCGUUGCAUUGAAACUUUGGUCAUGAAAUAUUAAUGACGUUAAACUGGCCGUUUAUUUUUUGUUCACGCAUAAGAAGCUACUUUCUAGUUUCAUUCGUUACCGACCAGAUCGAUCGUCUCAUUAAGCAAGGGUUCUCGAUCUGUCAGACGCAGUUGCGUAAUCCUCGAUUGAUCGAGGUACAUCACGACUUGUUCGGCGUGCCGCGAUAAUCUGCUCUGCCUUAAGCCGCUUUUCAACUGCGUAAUCGCGUAACGUUCGAUCGGUCGAAUCGAAGUAAAUAAACCGUUGACAAGAAGCAAGAAAAAUCUACUAUAGAAACAAGUUGCGUUGUUCCUUCAUUCAAGGUAAUGUUGCAAUUUUUCACGCUAGGAAAAACUCGAUUCUAAGCAAUCUUAAUAUUUGAUCGUUUCGUAAAGACACCAGGCACUACUGUGCGAUUUCUCAUUGUCGCGAAUGUGGCACAAGGUUCAUCGAAACUACGAUCUUCCGCUGAUGAGUAUGGAAAAUUGAUCACCGGUAAUAAGAAGGGACAUCAUUAGAAUCUUCCGAAACAUCCUCACGACAACAUCUCAUUUAUCAAACAAAGAAGUCGAACGUCACCAACUUAUCCUAACCUAACCAUCGUGUAAGGAACUUUAGCCUCCUGGAAGAUGACUUGCAAUAGAUUCGCUUUUCCACGAACUUGCACAACGUUUACUCCCAAUGAA